UAAAUCUGCCACUGGUUAAAACUAUGAGAGUUUGAAUAACACCAGAAUGCCUUUGGUGGAAAAAUGUGAGCAAGCCUUCAGUGAGAAAACUUCUAUCCCACGAAAAGUCCACAACAUUUUCCACGCGAAAAAAAUUCAGGUGGGACAGGGAGAUGUGUGAUCUUAACCACCAAUGUCUCUUUACUUCCACGAAAACUAGUUUAAGCCUUAAGUUCAAAAAUUAAUAAGGUAGUUUUUGGCUUUUGUUUUAUAUAAACACAAUUUCGAACUCUAAUGUCGAACGACGCAAAAUCAAAAUCGUCGAUGACAGUUUCUCUACUACUUGUCUGUCGUUUGUUCCAGGUGUAUGCCUUCAUGGGCUGGCUUUUUUUGCUCGUUUGAUAGCCCUUAUGUCCGUAUAAAUUUCACGUAACCACCGAUUUUUGUCUGUUAUAUCUGCUGCUUGUUUGGUGGAAUUUACAAUGAAACUCUCUGCAAAAAAAAAUUCCUUUCAUUUCACGGCCUUUGCAUUUAGUAACCCAUUUUCACCCGAUGUGCCAGUCAUAUAAUUAUCUUUAUGUUCCUAAGCGGUCAGAUACGGGUUGAUGCGUUGGGUGAUGUAUCACUUAUGAAUAAGAACAAAUAGUUGUCCAAUCAGCGUCUGAUUACUAAUAAACAUCCUUGAUACGAACUGGAAUAUUGACGUGUGAUAAGCUUAUCACGAAGCACAGACAAGAUAUCGUUACUCUGCUCGUCUUCAAUAUACCACAGCAUCUUCCUAGGACACUAGAAUAAAAACGAAGUCAUUUCGAUACGAUAAAACGGAACGACACUGGGAUUUUGGAGGAAAGAAUCGGCCAUGGACUAUGGCAAGGAACCAUUACAGCUUUUGCCUGGAGUGAUUUUGGAUAACCAUAAGAAACUCAGGUAAACCUAGGAUAGUCAUAGGUACCGGGAUUCGAACGCUGGUCCUUCGCAGUGCGAAUACGUUGCCUUACUACAGCACCAUCCUGCGUGGUUACUCACUCCCCACCCACGAUGUUUUGUUACCUUCACGAGUAGCAAAAAAAUGUUUCCUCGUUCACGCUCGCGCUGACAUUUAGACGAGACCAGCUAGCGCUCUAGUUGAUGUAUGCCAAACGAGACAGAACACGAGAGGAAUCUAUCUCGGGAGUCUGAAGCACGAGACGCCUUCUUUUUACAGACGAGAGAGCCAAAACCCGAAGUUCCCCGAAGUUCAUGAUUUUUUUCCGUAUCUUUAAUGUAGCUAUCCUAACCAAGUCAACCGUCCACAAUGUUUUAAAGUAUUUAUAAUGUAGCUAAUCUAACCUAAUUGACCAUUAGUAUCCUUUUAUCAACACCGCCAUAUUUAUUUACAAUGAACAAAAAAACCGAAGAUGCACGAUCGGGCGUUUGGCUCUCUCGUCUGUGAAAAGAAGGCUUCCCCUGAAGCACAGCCACGGCUGUGAAAUAAACAACUGGCGCAAUCAAAGGCCGGUGGAGGGGAUGGCCUUGGGUCAAGUGGGCGUGCAAACCGAGGCAAUCGACCGGCAGUUGCCACACGCGUUGUUGUGGUUGUCAGGUUAGGAGUGCAGAGACGAACAUCGGCUGGAACGACGGUUGCAGAUGACAUGACGACCCAGAAAUACAGCGCUGACAUUCUGCAAGAAAUUUCUCCGGAAAACAUUCCUCGCCUGUUAGAGGCGCUGAAGAAAGACUGGCCACAGUCCGUAACUAUAUCCCACACCAUAAAAACGUUCGUUGAGUGGAAGAGAAAAGAUCCUGAAUUAGAUGCCUACAUUUUGACUCCAAAUGGAACUUGGAAGAAUGGUACUGUUGUCUGCAUUGCCCAGCCGGUGCCGGCAUGGCGGCCGCCAACAGCUCGCGCGACGACCGGCGCGCCAUCUACAUGGGCGACCCGGAGGAGAUGCUGCGGCCCUCGGCCAGCAACCCCUACUUCGCGGACAUCGUGGCGGCGCACGCGGCGGCGCUGCUGGUCGGCGUGGCGGGCAACCUGGCGGUGGUGGGCGUGGCCGCCUCGGAGCGCUCGCACCGCAGCAAGACGCACCUGUUCCUCGCCAGCCUCGCCGGCGCCGACCUGCUGCUGCUGUGCGCCGGCGCGCCGCUGCAGGCGCUGCAGUACUUCGUGCUGCAGUGGGACGAGGCGGGCGCCGUGUGCAAGCUGGCCGUGUACGCCGAGCUGCUGUCGGCCGUCGCGUCCGUGCUCAACCUGGCCGCCGUCACCGUCGAGAGGUUUGUGGUUAUUGUAUUUCCAAUGCAGUCGAGGUUCCUGUGCACCAUCAGAAACUGCCGAUGCUCAGUUGGGUUGGUGUGGCUACUGUCUUUUGCCCUGGCUGCUCCAGUACUUUACACCAAGGAAACUUUCCCAGUGACGUACACGAACGGCAUUCGCAAUGUUACUAUCUAUCAUUGCAAUGACAACGACACGAACGGAGUGCCCUUUGCCAUCUACGAGUUGUUCAUUCUGUUCGGGGCGCCGGCGGUGCUGAUGGUGACCUGCUACAGCUACGUCAUCCGAGAGCUGUGGAGGAGCACACACAGCGUGGGGAUCCUGACCAACGCCACUACAGCAAACAGCAGGGCACCUCCCCAGACGGGGACCAGGCUGCCAGUGGAAGAUACCACACAGAGGAAAAUGAGGAUUGUUGGCAGACGGUGCAGGACGACCCGAACAGAAACUGUGCCCUGCCAUCUCAGGAGGACUGACGUCGCUAGGAGAGCCAGGAAACAAGUUAUCAAAAUGCUCAUGUUGGUGGUGGUUCUGUUCCUGGCAUGCUGGGGUCCACGAAUCAUCAUGGAACUUAUCAUCAAAAUCGGCCUUGAUAUGUUUACAAGCGCUGUUUACAGUCUAAGAGUCACUUUCAAUGUUCUUCCCUAUAUUCAUGCAUGCAUAAACCCUAUAAUUUAUUCGUUUAUGUCUAAAAACUUCCGUUCCUCACUAAAACGCUUGUGCUGCAGAAGGAGGCAAAAAUCCAAAGUGUCUCUUGGCGCGAUUUCUUGUUCCGAGCAGUCCACUACACAACACACCUACAGCGACCGGAAAAAGAAGUUGGCAGACUGUUCUUCAUCUGCCACUACGUGCCAGGUCGACGACCACUCAGAAGAUGCGAUUGUGACUUUCGAUAAAAUCAGUGUCACCCCAGUCUGAAAAACUUGUGCACAUGCCGAAGAAAUCCUGAAAGAACUAUACAUACAUUUUUGUUGUGAUUAUUUAUACUAUCAACGAUAUUUAAGCAGCCAAAAUAAAGUGACAUAUUUUUGUUAACCACUCUAUGGAUGGGAUAUAAGAUUAAAUCUCGCUGUACCUGCAAUUAGUGUGCUAAUUUUUGUGGCUGUGAUGUUACCUCUGUGAAUUGUUUAGUUAUUCAGUCUUAUUUAAUCCAGAAACUUUUAUGUGUGUGUAUGUAUAUAUAUAUAUACGUGUGUGUCAGUAUUUCGAUGAUGAUAAAUUAUGGUAGUAAUAUUUAAA